ACCACGUUGACCCUGAAGCGGAAGUGAACACGUGGGGUAGAAGGGAACCACCACACACACGCUUGGAGGCCACGAAACUUUCUCCGGAUCAGCUGCGAAGCCCCGCUCUCCGUCACCAUGGCCGUCAGAGCAUCGUUUGAGAAAAACAACGAGAUCGGCUGCUUCGCCAAACUCACCAACACCUACUGUCUGGUGGCGAUCGGAGGCUCCGAGAACUUCUACAGUGUGUUUGAAGGGGAGCUGUCAGAAACAAUCCCAGUGGUUCACGCGUCCAUAGCAGGCUGUCGCAUCAUAGGGAGGAUGUGUGUGGGGAACCGUCACGGCCUUUUGGUGCCGAACAACACGACCGACCAGGAGCUGCAGCACAUCAGGAACUCUCUGCCAGACACAGUGAGGAUCCAGAGAGUGGAGGAGAGGCUGUCUGCUCUCGGCAACGUCAUCGCCUGCAACGACUACGUAGCACUGGUCCACCCCGACCUCGACAGGGAGACAGAGGAGAUCCUGGCAGACACUCUGAAGGUGGAGGUUUUCCGUCAGACGGUGGCAGAGCAGGUUCUGGUCGGGUCCUACUGCACAUUCAGCAACCAGGGAGGCCUGGUCCACCCAAAGACGUCUAUAGAAGACCAGGACGAGCUGUCGUCUCUGCUCCAGGUUCCUCUGGUGGCCGGCACCGUGAACCGGGGCAGCGAGGUGAUCGCCGCGGGGAUGGUGGUCAACGACUGGUGUGCGUUCUGCGGCCUGGACACAACCAGCACCGAGCUGUCCGUCAUCGAGAGCGUCUUCAGACUCAGCGACACGACUCAACCCUCCGCCAUCGCCACCAGCAUGAGGGACUCGCUGAUCGACAGCAUGGCGUAAGCCGCCUCUGCAGUUUCCUGCCGUCGAGGAGUUCUGCUGCCCUUCGUCUGGUCUCACACGUGAAGCCACCAGGCAGCUGGACCUCAUUCCCCAACCUAAAAAUCCUCCUCCCACAUAAUACAGUUCACUCUCAUUCAGAAAUCACGGCUCUGCAGAUGUAUUACACUGAUCCUUUUUCACACUUGGUCUAAUCUUUCUAUUUCCUUUCUGAUCUUUCUGAAACAGGUUUAGCUGUUCGUGCACCACCUCACCAUUAAGUUUGACGGGGGCUGGUGGAGAUAAUUGGUUUUUCAAAACGGAGGCGGUUGUUCAGAGAGUUAAAUUUGUUCGUGUGUCCAACGCUAACAACGGAGAGGAAGCUGAUGUUUCAGCCUCUGUGGCUCUUUGUGAAUAUUUGUUUUAACCAAACUGGUAGAAAUAAGAUUUAACAUUUUCUCCCAGUUUGGAUAAAAAGUCCAGUUUCUGUGCCUGUAUCAUUAGGAAUGUGUCUGAGCUCUGUUGGUGAGAGUCAGUGCUCUGGAUGUCAUUCUGAAGCCUGAUGGGAAAUUGACCGUUGCCUUGACAGAAUCAUCUCCCUAAUGCUUCAGCAACUGUUGAGGCAACUCUGAGGGGGUGACAGAAUCCCAGCAGGCUUUUGCUUUUUGUUUUUGUUUUUGUUUUUGUUUUGUUUUGGUUCCUCACUGUUGCCUGCAGCUGUAAGGGAUUCCCAUCAACACACUCCCACCUCCACACUGCCAGCUGUAUCAGCAUCCUGAGUCACAACACGUGUCUGAUGCUUGGAGAGUGAAACCCGCUGCUGCUGCUUUAGUCGAGGAAACUGUAAGAACAAAAAUUAAGAAAUGACAUGUAGAGAAGUUAGUGAAGGCGAUGACGUAUCUGAACGGAUGUUCAGGGCUUCCCUCCUUUCUGAGAUCUGGAGUCACAGGAUCUGAAUUUGUAAUGUGCAGCAAACAUGAAGUCUGAUAAAUAUCCACAGGUAGUGUGAUUUCAGUGUCACUGGGUUUGAAAGAAAUGUUUAGAAGAGAAAGCAACAGGUAAAAGCAGGUGGAUGUUUUUCCUCCGGCUGUAUGAUGGAGGCCUGGCCGAUGUCUCGUAAAAUAAAAUAAAUCACCCUG